GCUGCUGCGUUGCUGCAAGGCAAGAGAGCAGCUGCAGAGAGAGAGAGUGCGAUCAGGGAUCGCUGACAACAACGGGCUGGCUCAUGCUGGAAAAGUCAGAAACGCAACAUUUUCUCUCUCUGCGAUCCGACAGUUCUCAACUCCAACCUUCUUCUCUUUCUGACAAGCGCAUUGUGCGUUUUCGUUGCUCACUUUGGGACUUCAUUUCUCAUUCCGACGGCCUGAAAUGACUGGAUAGGUACCGCGUAUAGCCAAUGCUUGCUGCAGGGGCUUCUGUCUUGUGGAUUAUCCGUCGUCGUCGUCGCCGAGCAAGCCGUACGGUCGAGCCCGGAGGAGGCCCCGCUCUGCUGGAUGGAUGUGUGUGAGGCGGCGCGGUGAUAACGAUGCUGCUGCUCGGCUUUCAUCGGCACUGGGUCAACUGAUCUUGGAUGUCCGGGCUACAUCGCCCCCCCUACACGAACCAUUUUCUCCCACAGCAACACUUUAAUUCCUUAAAAACUGGACGCCCCUGGAGCAGUUUAUGACGAGCCUGGUAGGAGCGUGAUGAGCGCGCGCUUCCGCUUGCCUGCUGGCAGAUCCUACAAUGUCCGGGCGACGGAGCUGGAGCGAGACAGGCAGCACACACAGGUUGUGUGCAACGUGCUGCUGCUGGACAACACUGUGCAGGCGUUCAAAGUCAACAAGUCGGAUCACGGCCAGGUGCUGCUGGACGCCGUGUUUAAGCACCUGGAGCUGACCGAGAGAGACUACUUUGGCCUGCACCUGGCUGAUGAUGGCUCAGAUACACCACGCUGGCUGGAUUCCAAUAAGCCCAUCAGGAAACAGUUAAAAAGAGGGUCUCCACAUAACCUGAGCUUCAGAGUCAAAUUCUUUGUGACUGAUCCAAGUAAACUUCAGGAAGAAUACACACGGUACCAGUAUUUCCUUCAGAUCAAGCAGGAUAUAUUAACUGGAAGAUUGCCCUGUCCUCACAACACAGCUGCGCUGCUGGCAUCCUAUGCUGUUCAGUCCGAGUUGGGGGACUACAAUGAAGCAGAGCAUUCUUCCGGCUACCUGUCCGACUUCUGCUUCAUCUCCAACCCCCCACAAGACUUCCACAAAGAGGUCUCCAAACAUCACCAGCAGCACAGCGGUCUAUCUCCUGCCCAGUCGGAGUUUAAUUAUCUGAACACAGCACGCUCGCUGGAGCUCUACGGGGUGGAGCUGCACUAUGCAAGGGACCAGAGCAACGCAGAGAUUCUGAUUGGGGUGAUGUCCGCUGGCAUUGUGGUUUACAAGAACAGGGUACGGAUCAACUACUUCCCAUGGUUGAAAAUAGUGAAAAUUUCCUUCAAGUGCAAACAGUUUUUCAUCCAGCUGAGAAGAGAAGCGGCAGAGACUCGGGAGACACUCCUGGGCUUCAACAUGGUCAACUACCGGGCCUGUAAGAAUUUGUGGAAGGCCUGCGUGGAGCAUCACACCUUUUUCAGGCUGGAGCGGCCCAUCCCCCCACAGAAAAACUUCUUCGCUCACUACUUCAGCCUUGGCUCAAAGUUUAGAUACUGUGGGCGGACAGAAGUGCAAUCUGUGCAGUAUGGAAAGGAGAAAGGGAUCAAGGACAGAGUUUUUGCCAGGUCUCCCAGCAAGCCAUUGGCAAGGAAGUUGGUGGGCGGGACCGACUGGGAGUCUGUAAGCAGGAACAGCCUAUCAGACGAGAGACUGGAAACCCAAAGCCUGCCCACACGUUCACCACCUGGAACACCGAACCAGAACUCGCUGUUUGUCCAAGACGGCACACGGCUACGCCCGUCGUCGGUUGGCCACCUGGUUGAUCAUGUGAUCCACGCUUCGCCCAGCUUACCUGUAUUCUCCUCCAAUCACAAGUCGGCGUCGUCCACACAGGCCAACAGCAUCAGCCUGGACUCGACACCGUCUCCCGAUGGGGUUGAUGGCCAACCUCCAGCGCUGCCCCCGAAGCAGCUGAGCAGGAAAACACUGAGCCAGAUCAUCCAGGCCCAUUCGCAGCAGAGCCUCCUGGACAACCACCUCAAUGAGAUGUACGACGUUCCUGUCAACGCCGACAAAACCACGCUGAACGGAGUCGUCCCACAUGAUAAUCUGGUCCUGAUCAAGAUGAGGCCCGAUGAACACGGACGUUUCGGCUUCAAUGUCAAGGGUGGAGCUGACCAGAAGAUGCCCAUCAUUGUUUCUAGAGUGGCUCCGGGAACCUCAGCUGACCUCUGUGUGCCUCGCCUUAACGAAGGGGACCAGGUGGUUCUAAUAAAUGGGCGUGACAUCUCCGACCACACCCAUGAUCAGGUGGUGAUGUUCAUCAAGGCCAGCUGUGAAAGCCACUCUGGAGAACUCAUCCUACUGGUCAGGCCGAACGCCAUCUACGACGUAGUGGAAGAGAAGGUCGACUCCGAGCCGGAAUUUCAGUACAUCCCAGAGAAGUCCCUGCAGGAUUCCACCCAGCUCGACCAACAUGCCUUGAGGGACUCCAUGAUGGCUCUGAAGGAAGGCCUGAGUAGUGGAGCCAUUCUGGCUCAGUUUGAUCAACUGUACAGGAAGAGGCCGGGGAUGACCAUGCUGUGUGCCAAAUUACCUCAGAACGUUUCCAAAAAUCGCUACAGAGACAUCUCCCCAUAUGAUGCCACACGGGUCGUACUGAAAAGCACAGACGACUACAUCAAUGCAAACUACAUCAAUAUGGAGAUUCCUGCGUCCAGCCUGAUAAACCGCUACAUAGCGUGCCAGGGCCCACUGCCCAACACCUGCCCUGACUUCUGGCGGAUGACCUGGGAGCAGAGCUCGUCCAUGGUGGUCAUGUUGACCACUCAGGUGGAGAGGGGCAGGGUGAAGUGUCACCAGUACUGGCCCAACCCAGACAGCAGCGCCACCUUCGGAGACUUUAAAGUCACGUGCCACAACGAAGAGGGCAACUCCGCCUUCCUGGUGCGGGAGAUGACUCUGACUCACACACAGAGUGAACAGCAGAGAGAGCUCACUCAGCUCCAAUACCUGGCUUGGCCGGACCAUGGCGUUCCUGACGACUCUACUGAUUUCCUGGACUUUGUGGCUCUGGUACGAAGCAAACGAGCCGGACAGGACCAGCCCAUGGUGGUGCACUGCAGCGCUGGGAUUGGUCGAACAGGGGUUCUGAUCACCAUGGAGACGUCAUUGUGUCUGAUGGAGUGCGGCCAGCCUGUGUAUCCUCUGGAUAUUGUCAGAACAAUGAGAGAUCAGAGGGCCAUGAUGAUACAAACACCAAGCCAGUACCGCUUUGUGUGUGAGGCCAUCUUGAAAGUGUACGAUGAAGGUCUGUUCAAGCCCCAAGCAGCAGGCAUCUACCAGCUGAAGGAGAAGCCCAGGGAGGAAAAGGUUCAGGAGGAAACGAAGAAGGAAGCGAAGAAAGAGGACGGAGGAGAGCCGGAGAAAGUGGAAGAGGAAGCAGAGGCGGCUGUGGUGGAGCUUCUGGAGGGAGGCCUGGAUGAGGAGGACGAGGACGACGACGAGGAAGUGGAGGUGUUGGACGUGGGGGAAGUGACGGAGGAGGAGCCGAGCGUCGCGAGCUGCACCAGCGUGACGAGCGACACCAGCGCGAACCCAGAUCCGGAUCCCAUUCCUGCUGACCCCUAACCUCAGCGUGGAAGUCGCCAGGAGGAGGAGAAAACAGAAGCACUGUUGCACUUUAUGCUGAUAAAAACGGAAAAAAAAGGACAAACAUGAAAACGCUGAACUGAAACAACAAAAUAACAGAAUUCCAGCUGUGUUGAAUAGGUACAGUGACGGGGUGUUUUAUGAUCAGGGUUAGAAGACAAGUGUACAAAGAAUAAAAAAGUACAAAAAAAUAAAGUUUGGAUUGGAAAAUCGCUGUAGUGCCAUAAGUCAGAAGGGGAGGAGCUUCCCCAUGGAUGAAAAGCUCCCCCGACCUUCAUUUUUGAUUUUUUUUUCUCUUUUUUUUUAAUCCAAAGGGGUCAUCCUGUCCCCUUCUAAGCGAGUCUGCCAGACGGACCUGCCUUUUUCAAAGUCCUUUUAGCUGAUUAAAAAGAAAUCUUAUGUUUUGUUCCUCAGACAGAGUAUUUAUUGUGUUUUCGUUUGUGUCAAACCCUGUCCACUGAACAAAAAAAUAGCUGUAUGUUCUGUUUGUCUGUACGAGUCUAGAGCUUCAUGCUUUCCUGAUUAAAUCUUAGCUAGUAAAAUAGUGUUACGCUUCUUGCUCUGUUUUGAGUUUUUUAGUUUUGGGGCUAUUUCUUGUGUUUUUUUUUUUUUUUUUUUUAAGUUUUAGUUUUGGGGCUUUUCAAGGGGGAAAAACGCAGUGAUUUAAUUUAUUGUAUUUGGUUUGAAAUCUUCCUCCACUUUUCUUGAUUACAUUUUUGACAGCAUAGACUCAGGUGGGUGGCUGAAAGCACUUUUUCGCCUCUUACUCAAUGCUGUGGCAGGUUGGGUACUUUCUCAUGCUCUGUGUUUUUAAGCUUGGACGCGCACACAUUCAUAGUUUGCAGUCCUCAGGGCCUUUGUUUAGUGGAGAUCUUUAUUUAAUUUUUGCAAAUAUUCACAGCAGUAUUCAGGCAGAAGGAGAAAUACUUACCUGAGCUAUAAUCUGAACUCAACAACUGGGAUCACUUGUCGUUUUUAUCCUGUCAGUGUUCCUGCUGAAGUGUCCUUGAGCCAGACACCAACAGGAAAGCCCUGCUUCAUUCCAGAAGGAAAUCUUCUGUCUGAUCAAAAUGAGUUUUGCAACACAGAUAUUUCCAGGUAUUUCAUUCAGUUUUCUUUUUUGUUUCAGAUGUGGUUGAAAAGCUGCUACAAGUUGUAUGCAAUCAGUAUUUGUUUGUUUUUGAGGUGCAUCAACAGAAGUAGUUACAGUGAGCUGAUCUCUUUAAAAAUAAAAAGACGUGAGUGAAACUCUACCUGUUUUGAACUGGGUUGUGGCAAACAGGAACUUAGUUGACAGGAAAGACUUCAGAGGCGGCACAAACAUUACACAUAAUCAUUUUUCCAUCUGAUCUUCUCCAGAGUGUUUUAUAUCAAUUAUGUUUGAGUGAUGAAAAAGAGGAAUGAUUGAUUUUUACCUCGCCAAAUUUUUUUGAGCGUUUUUUUUUUAAGUUACUUUUUGAUCUGAUUAACUCAUGGAUUUUUCUGGAAACCCCUGCAGCUCUGUGUUGCUUUGGGGUGUGUGCGCGUGUGUGUACACAACCUGUGUGCGUGUGUGUGCGUGUGUGUGUGUGUGUGUGUGUGUGUGUGUGUGUGUGUGUGUGUGUGUGUGUGUGUGUGUGUGUGUGUGUGUGUGUGUGUGUGUGUGUGUGUGGGGUGUGUGUGUGUGUGUGCGCGCGCGCGUGAAGUCUCAUUUGUGUUGAUCUCUUUCCUUCCCUCAGAGGACUUUCAAAAUAUAAAUUAUUUCCAUUAUUUUCCCCUUUUAAAAUCACAAAUGUUUAAAGUUGAAGUAAAAGGAUACAUUGGUUUCCUUUAUUCAAAAAGGUUACUGUGGUGUUUUAUUUCUAUGCAUCUUAGUAAAUAUUGUAACUCACUCUGUCUUCAGUUACUGCUACUAGUAUUUUAGGGUAUUUUUUUUACCAGCUGUGCAAACAUGGAGAGUAAAUUUUUCUUUUCAGAUCAACUGAAGCUCAAAAAGGGAUUGGAGGAACUGUGAAGAUUAAUUUUUAGACCUUAGACCUAGAAGAAAACAAUUUUCUCAAUUGUAAUUGGGUCUAGACUUUGACAAGGCUAUUUUUGAACAGGAUUUAAACAGCUCCAUCUAUUUUCCAAUCAGACACAACCAACUUCCUUGUCUCAGUUUAAGAAACGCAUGCCCAAAGCACAAUGCUUCCACCACCCGGGUUUACUGUAUUUACAGUAUUAAGAUUGUUUUCACACUUAAGUUAAAAUAUUCAGCUUAAACUGGCUCACCUUCUUCCACUUGUUUCCAAAGUGCAGAUGGGAUAACUUUCUUCUUGGCUCCAGUUUAUUCUUGAGCAUUCUUUCCUAAAUCCCAGAGAAGUUUCUGACUUUCUAUUAUUUUCUGAUCUUCAAUUAUGCACAACUUUGUAUUGGCCUAUUUAAAAAAAAAAUCAAUUACGUUGAGUUCCUUGAUAGUAAGUUGAACCAAAGAAAUGUAAAACGUAAAACAUUCAUAACUUUUGAAUAUUUUUACAAGGUACUCCACCUCCUCUUUGCACAAAAUUGGAAAAAUGCUUCUGAAUCCACCCGAGUCUUGCUUGAGAAAAUAUGUGCAGUGUUUUGAUCCUCCUUUUUUAGAGAGCUGAAUCAUAAUUUUAAGGAUGAACAAAGAGCUGCCAUCCUCUUCCACUUUUUAUUUAUUGCUUAAGCUUUCCGUCUAGUGUGUCACCCUCCCAGCAUCCUUCAGUCCUCUUUGCUUAGCCCACACAACAUCCAUUUUCCCCAUUCUUUCCACCCAGAUGCCUCUGUUUUCAGUUCAUUGUACACAGAUCCCACUCUCUGCAUGGCCUCAAAGCAAAACGACACAUCUGAGCAGAGUAUGCCGGGUCCAGAAGCACAGCUCAGUAUUAAACCAGCUAAUCAAUGGCUUGCUGAAGAACUGGUUUUAACUGUUUUUGUUGAUGUGUGUGUGUGUGUGUGUGAGAGAGCUUAAAGCUGCAAAUCAGCUUGAAAAGAAAUCAAACAAAAGCAGAAAAUCUUCAUAAUUUGUUGGGAAUUUGAUCAUUUAAGUGGGGAUUUAAGGUACUGAUUGAUAGAAGUCGGGAGGAGAAGAGAUGUGGGGAGGUUUUCAGUUGUAUUUUUGUAAAAAAACUAAUAGCAGUUUUAAUUGGGUAGGAGAAGGGAACAGCACUUUGUAGAGAGGCUGGGUGGGCAGGUAGUGCUACUGAACAUAAAAAGCAGAUCUAAGAGACGUAAAGCAUUGUUAAAAUAAGUACUUUUAUUCUUAAUUUAUCGUUUUUCUUUGAAAAUGAGACACCUGUAAAGAACAAAGAAGAGAACUCCUAAUGACACAGUGCCACUUGUUCAUUUUGUGUAAAUAUUACUAGACCAUGUAAAUACAAUGUUGUAUAUGAAAAAAAAAAACUUUAAAAUAAAAGGGAAAAUCAUUUGUGAGCAGAAAAAUGGUUUUAUUUUUUAUUUGGAUGAUUCCAAAUGUGACACAAAUGCUGUGUAAUUCAAAGUUUUGUUUGUUUUAUUUCAAUCUAAAACAGCGAGUGUAUAUAUUUAAUGAACCACAAAGUGUUUUACCGUAUUAUACCCUUUGGUUUAUUUCCUACCUGUGUCAUAAAAAGAUGCUUUUGUUCUCAGUUGCUCGUUUUUUAUCUGGUAUUAUGGUUUUACAGUGCUUUGGACAUGUCUAUAAGCUUGAUUCUGAUCAAUUAAAGCUUGUCUGUCAAAGCAUGGA